AUGCAAGGUAAUGAUUCCGAACGACUCGGCAGUCAUCGAAGUAGGGGUCCAAUUGACGAUACUUCGACAUCACGUAUCGCUCUCAUUGUUCCGAAAACACGCGUCAAGAAGAUCAAAGACGCCCUAGAAGCGCAUGGAAUUUUAGAUAAGACCGUCAAGAUCAGACCAGCUAGACUUGAGGAACAAAAUGCCUACUUCGAGGGGACUUCGAUCGAGCCUCCACUUGAUGUCUUUUUCAUCUCUACUAAGCUUUCCGUGGGCAUAGAGCGAGUCAACUCGGAUACUUUACCUGUAAAAUUGGACCUACUCCAGUCGCUUGGGCUAGUGAAGAGUGAAGCAGACAUUGGCAUAAUCGCCUUCAAGCAGACCCAUGACAUUCGUGGCCUCCUCGGGUCUGGCAGAGUCUGUGAAGAUGGCUCGAGUUCUUAUCAACCAUCUGCGAGCGAAACAUCUACCAUCAACCCUUUAGCUCGGACAAUAGACUACUGGCUUCAUCAGCUGCCUCGUGAGGAAGCCGAGCGGCCUUUCACCAGAGAUGCCGUACCGUCUUACAGCUGGACCUACAUGAUCUAUCCGCCUCUUCUCCUUCUCCCGCCUACUGCUCUAUCGAAGCUAUCGUCCAUCUUUGCCUCGAAAGGUCAAAGUAUUCCCAAAGAUUUUUCUUCUCUUUGGUGUCUUCUGUCCAGAGACUUCAAAACAUCGCAUAUCGCUUUUAAUGCUCCGAUACUUGCAAGUGUUUCAAAAGAAGCUUCGGCCCAAGGCGGAGGACACCCAGAGACGAAUAUUCUCCGCUCUCCCACAGGCCUAGCACCUUUAUACGGAGACUUUGGGCCAGCUUUAUCGAUGACUCAUGUCCCUACUAUCGCGGACUUCUCCUCGGCAUUCUGGUGCACAGCUCAACAGAACGGUAUCUUCCAGACUUGGGCUCCGCGUUAUACGAUGUUCUCUCGUGGCAACAUCUCGGAAAAAAAACGCAUCCUAAGCCUCAAAACACUGACGGAAAAGCAAUUGGGAAGUCGGCCAGAGGAGACAAGUGCUGUGGAUCUCUAUGCAGGCAUUGGAUACUUCGCUUUUAGCUAUGCUAAGGCCGGGGUUGGCAAAGUGCUGUGCUGGGAGAUCAAUCCAUGGAGUGUUGAGGGGCUAAUGAGGGGAGCGCAGAGGAAUAGGUGGGCCGUUGAAGUCAUCACAGAUGGUCAAGCAUUUAACAAGACUAUCAACCAAGGAGAACGCUUAAUCGUCUUUCAAGAAAGCAAUGAGCACGCAGCAAGGAGAAUAGCUGCCAUGAAAGACAGCAUCCCUCCCGUCCGACAUGUCAAUUGCGGCCUCUUACCCUCUUCGAAAGACAGCUGGGAGGUAGCAGUGCAAGUGCUCGACCCUACAGGAGGAUGGAUUCAUGCGCACGAGAAUAUCGCGAAAAAAGACAUAGAGGGCAGAACGGAAGAAGUCGUCUGCAUUUUCAAUCGACUAGUUGGGAAUCACUGUGUGCAUGAGCCUACAGAAAAGUGGAGAGUUCAAUGCGAACACGUCGAGCAAGUCAAGAGCUACGCUCCUGGUGUAAUGCACUACGUUCUGGAUAUAUCCAUCUCGCCUCCAGGAUGA